AUGGAUUACGCUUACCUCAAUUCUUACGACUCCUGCAUGGCUGCGAUGGAAGCCUCGGCGUACGCCGAUUUCAGCCCGUGCAGUCAGAGCAACAAUUUCCAAUAUAACCACAUUCGGUCCAGUUUUGGAACCGGCCCCGUCUGCCCCAGCCUCGCCUCGGCCAACUGCAGUUUGGGACCCCUGCGAGAUCACCAGACAGCACCGUACACCACAGUUCCCUACAAGUUCUUUACGGAUCACGGAGGGAUAAAUGAGAAGCGGAAACAGCGGAGGAUCCGGACUACGUUCACCAGCUCCCAACUGAAGGAGCUAGAGCGAGUCUUCGCCGAGACUCACUACCCUGACAUCUACACCCGGGAAGAGCUGGCGCUGAAGAUCGACCUCACCGAGGCCCGUGUCCAGGUACAGUUUCCCGUCUCGAUCCAGGUGUGGUUCCAGAACCGACGAGCCAAGUUCCGGAAGCAGGAGCGAGCGGCCAACUCCAAAGGCAGCGGGAGUAACGGGGGCGGAAAGAAGGGCGACCUGCUCUCCGAGGAGGACGAGUCGAAAGACGCCAAGUGUACCGACCCGGACAGCACCGCCAACCCAGCGUGUCCCGCUUCCUCCUCCGCCCCCACCUCCGCCCCCUCCGGCCCCGUCUCCAGCACUAGUCCCCACCCCCUCAACCUGCCCAGCCCCAACAGCUCCCACACCAUGAAGUCUCCCGCAUGGGCUGGAUCUGAGCUCCUGAAAGCCCAGGCCUGGCAGCCCAGUGACAACAUGGCCGGGCCCUUCGCUGGCGUCCUCUCCACUUUACACAGGAAGGCCAACGUGCUCAAACCAAACCUCUUCUAG